AUGGCCCGCACCAAGCAGACCGCACGCAAAUCUACCGGUGGUAAAGCACCACGCAAGCAGCUCGCCACCAAGGCCGCCCGCAAGAGCGCGCCCGCUGCCGGUGGUGUCAAGAAGCCUCACCGUUACAAGCCCGGUACCGUCGCUCUUCGUGAGAUUCGUCGUUACCAGAAGAGCACGGAGCUCCUGAUCCGCAAGCUGCCCUUCCAGCGUCUCGUUCGUGAGAUUGCUCAGGACUUCAAGACCGACCUUCGCUUCCAGAGCAGCGCCAUUGGCGCUCUCCAGGAGGCUGCUGAGGCUUACCUCGUCGGUCUCUUCGAGGACACCAACUUGGCUGCCAUCCACGCCAAGCGUGUUACCAUCCAGCCCAAGGACAUUGCCCUUGCCCGUCGUCUUCGUGGCGAGCGCUCUUAA